UCCUCGUUCGGAACUCUUUUCUCGAGGAAACAAUUAUUUUCAUUUUCUAUUUUUCUAAGAUCUCCCCUUCAAUUCAGUAUUCAGUUUCUUUCACUGCUAUACUGCUAUUCACUGUUACUGUUAUUCAGCAGACUGAUCGGUGCUCAGUCUCUGGUUCACAGUUUCACAGUUACUUACCUGCUGUGUUUACCGAGAUCAACAAGCAGAAAGCACAUUUAAUUUGUCCCCUCCAGCCAGCAGUUGGCAAUAUGAGUUCUGGCAGCAGCGGGGACAGAGGGGAGGACCGACUAGUGAAGGAUGCUAAGGACGCCUGGAUGGCUGAGCUAGGUACACAACAUGUUGGCAGAGCGGACAUGAACAAAUUGAUCAUGAACUAUUUGGUCACAGAGGGUUUCAAAGAGGCAGCAGAAAAGUUCAGUGCAGAGUCCGGGAUCUCCCCAACUGUGAACUUGGACACUCUCGAUGAUCGGAUACGCAUCAGGGAAGCCAUCUUGGAGGGUCGUGUGAUGGAAGCCAUUUCCCUCAUCAACUCCCUGUAUCCCGAACUUUUGGACAGCGACAGAUAUCUUUAUUUCAGGCUGCAACAACAAGAGCUCAUAGAGUUGAUCAAGGCAAAGGAAUUGGAGUCUGCCCUGGACUUUGCCCAGACUCGUCUCUCGGAGCGUGUUGAGGAAAACCCUAAUGUACUGCCCGAACUGGAGAAAACGCUUGCCCUUUUGGCCUUUGAUGACCCCGAAUCAUCUCCAUUUGGAGAACUUCUGCACCCCUCGCAACGGCAAAAGGUUGCCAGUGAGGUCAAUUCAGCCAUCUUAGAAACAGAUUCGACUCCCCGCCUGGCCAAUCUGCUUAAGCUGUUACUGUGGGCACAGGAGGAACUGGACAAGCGAAAGGUGUGUUUCCCCCACAUGACCAACAUUGCCGAGGGCAUAAUAUCAGAUCCAUGAAGUGCUGUUGUCAGAUGACAGGACUCCAUCUGCUGUGUACUCCAGUCUGAGAGUUGAUAGGCACAUGGUGUGAGCAGCGCCCGAUAGAUUUUGUACUCUCUAAUUUAUUGUGUCGUUGUCUUCUCGUACCACUUUGGUUCUGUCUCAGGGAAAUCCCAAGUCCUUCGUUGGUCACUCUAUCUUUUGUCUUGGGUGGGUCACAGGUGGACUGGUUGUGUUAUCACUGACAAACUGGUCUUGGAGUCACUCAGGCAAUUUUCAUAAUUUUCCUGAUUUUGGCAUCAGAUUCUAUUGUUUUGAUUGUGAGUUAUGCAAUUUCCAUGAUGUUCCUCGAAGUGAUCUCCAACAUAUUUUGAUUGAUUCAUCAACGCUGUCAGACUUUUUGGUUGUGGGAAAAUGAUUGGAGGAAUCUCUUCCCUUCAUCAGAUGAAUAAUAUAAUCAUGCAGGAGGUUCGUGGGUGCCAAAGGGUGGUCUGCCCCCUCUGCUUCAUGUCAAGGUUGCCUCUUUUAUUGUCUCUUUUUGGCUGGCUGAUUCACAUAUAACUUCAGCUCAACAUUAACACAUUUCACAUAGAGUUAAUUCUUUCUCCAGGGAGUUUUAUAACUUCGGUCUUUGACUAUUGGGUACUCAGUUUUGCAAACCGUCAAUGUGCUACAAUAUUAGCCUAUAUCGUUUGUCAUUGUUUUGAGUAAACCGAAAAUACCCCCUCCAAAAACAUGUGAACUUUGUUAGUUUAGAUCUUUAUUUGACUCUCGCUGUAAUGAUCUCUUUUUUGUAAAUUGGAAAUUUGUUAGCAUAUGUACAUUGUUUUAUGAUAAGAAGCCACAACGGGAUCCAUAUAUGUCACAUCAACUUGGAUCACAAAAACUGGGGAUUAACAAGGCAAUGCUUGUUUCUCAUUGUUUUUCCUUCAUUCACUCCAAUAAAUAAUAAAAUGAAAACUGACACGCUCUUCAAAAUUUCAGCAAUAGUGAGACUUGACGCUGGAAGAAGAGAUGAUGAACAUGUGGUGGCCCUACUACCAAACCAUGCAACUCCCGUAAAUUCUUUGUUGGGCUGAUGCGAAUGAUUUUUACAGAAUUAUAAGCGUCCCGUUCCCAUCCAACUUUUUCUUUAAUACUGCUCACCAACACUUCCCCCCUCCCCAC